AUGGUGGAAGUCCUAAUUUGCAGGCUAGACCGAAACACAGGACUUUUGCCAACUCCAUCUGUCCCAAAGAACGUUUAUAGAGUCUCCCAAUCAACCCGAAUUCAAUUUCAGCUUGAGUCAGGAUCUCCUAUUAUUACACCUACUACUUCUCUAUUGAUAGAUCUUGAUAAAUACCAAGAUCUUCACCCAAGACAAAUUUCAGGAACGACCAAUUCUUUUGGGCAUUGGACUGCUGAAGUCGAAUUUUCAAGCCCAGGUAAUUUCAACUUUUGUCUUGAGUACACAAAUAAUUUAAACCAAUCCAUCAAGACUGAAAUCAAUUGAAUUAUAGUUGACCCAAUCAUCACUUUAGGAAGUGAAACGAUCCCAUUUAAUGGCUUAUGCUUGCAGAGCUUGCUGAGCCGAUGCUUAGGACCAAUUUCUAAUUGGUCAGAAAUAUUGAAGCAUCAGCGUAGCCUGGGAUUCAAUAUUUUCCACUUAUGUCCUAUUCAAGAGCUAGGAGGAUCUCUAAGUCAUUAUAGUAUAAGUGACCCUACACGGCUGAGUCCUGAACUAUUCCCUGGGAUGGAAGACGAAGAAGAAAAAUAUGCUGCUCUUUGUAGUGUAUUGGAAUCUUUGGAUAAGGAAAAUGGAAUUGGCUGUGUUGUUGAUAUUGUUUUAAACCAUUGUGCAAAUGGGAGUCCUUUUAUUGAAGAACACCCAGAAGCUGCUUACAACUUAACCAAUUCUCCCUGAAUGAGGGUUGCUUAUGAGCUUGAUAAAGCACUGGUAAAGCUAUCCAAUGAUAUCAGCAGAAAAGCUUUAAGAGGAUAUAUGAAUGAAAACAAGGUGGAGACUGAAGAAGACUUGAAAAAUAUCAUGAAGAUUCUCAAAGUUGACAUCGUUCCAGGACUUUUAUUAUUCCAAUAUUUUCAAAUUGAUGUAGAAGAUGCCUAUCUUAAAUUUAUUGAAAAUGAAAGCGAAGGAUUUUUAAAUGCAGACGACUACCGAAGAGAAUAUUAUGAAAAUUUGUCAAGCUUUAUUGAAAAUUAUUCAUUAUUUGGAGAAGGAGAAGGGAUUUUCUCCACAAAAGUUGACAACCAAUUAGUAUGAAAAUACUGCAAAAGCCAGAACUGGAGCAAUGAAGUAGCAUUGGAAAAAGUCAAGCAAAGCUUGACUGAAGUAAACUCGAACUUAUUAAGCCGCUAUGAAAAACACUUGGAAGAUAUUUAUGGAAAUAUUGAGAGCGAAAUUAAGUUUAGGAUUCUCCAUCAAAAAAAUAAUGUGAUCAAAUGGAACAAUCCUCUGAUAAGAGAGUACUUUAUGCAACUGCAUAAUGGAGAAGUUGUUCUUUUCAAUGGGUGGAUUAUGGGAUAUGAUAAAAUUCUUAAAGAUUUCGCUGAAAAAGAUGGAUGGCAUUAUUUUAGGAGAAAUGUCCAUAUAUGGGGAGAUUGCGUUAAACUUCGUUAUGGAGCUUCCAGGGAAGACUGUCCUAUACUAUGGGACAGGAUGGAAACGUAUGUCACCUCAAUGGCAAGAAUAUUCAAAGGAAUUCGACUUGACAAUGCCCAUGGCACUCCAAUAAACGUCUCUGAAUAUAUGCUGAACAAAGCUAGAGAAGUCAACCCAAAUUUGCUUGUAAUUGGCGAACUGUUUACAGGGAACGUAAGGAUGGAUACAUACUUUGUAAAUAGACUUGGGCUUAAUGCAUUAGUCAGAGAAGCUAUGAAUGCUCAUAAUCCUAGUCAUUUCGGCAAUUUGCUAUAUGAAUAUGGAGAAGGAGCAUUGUCUCCUGUUGGCAAAAUUGAAGAAUCUGAGCUUGAAAAUAAAAGCUUGCUUGGAAUUUCUCAAUCAAAAGUGGGCCCUGUUAAACUAACUUCAAGUCCAGUAUCAGUAUUUUUAUAUGAUUGUACACAUGAUAAUGAGACUCCUGCACAAAAAAGAACCUUACAGGACUCCUUGCCUAAUGCAGCUCUUGUCGCGAUGACUAAUUGUGCAUUGGCUUCUACUAGAGGAUAUGAUGAGUAUGUUCCAAAAACCCUUUCUGUAGCUAAUGAACAUAGAAUAUACAAGUUGCCUGGAAAUGAAGGAAUUCAAGAGCCAAAAAUCAAGAUUGGAGAAGGAGAUGGGAUAAGUAUCAGGAUAGAAAUCAGAGACAACCCAAUUUUAGAAAAUUGCACUUCAGUUGAUAUUAAAGGAGGCUGGGAUGAUUGGAAGAAUCCAAUUAGACUCUUGAAAAUCGAUCUCAAUAGGUUUUCUGCAACUUUAAUUUUUAGAAAGAGCGACUUAGGGAAAUCUUACCAAUUUAAAUUUAUUAUUGAUGAGACAAAUUGAAUCUAUGAUCCUAAACAAAAAUGUAUUACUCUAGAUGGGAUUACAAAUAAUGAAAUCAAUGUAGACCAAAGCCAAUGCUAUGCAACUUUUUACGAAAAUAUGUGGCCAGCAAGAGAAAUUAUUAAUAAACUCCAUACAAAACUAUAGAAUUUUCCCAUAGAUGGCGCUGUUUGCCCUUGAUUUGCCCACUGAAAAAUUUUUUUGGUUUGGCCAAACCAUAUGGUACUGGUCGAACCAAAAAAUUUUCACAGUGGGCAAAUCAAGGGCAAACUGCGCCAUCUAUAGGAAAAUUUCUAUAGCUAAAAAAGGAUACUCAGAAAUGUUUAUUCAAAAGGAAUCUGAUUAGAUUAGAUUAGAUUAGAUUAAUUAGUUUUUAGCGGGUCACGGAGGUUUAUUUCAGCCUCUACCCAGCGCUGCCAGCUUCAGGCUUGCGCCCUAUGCACCGGCUCUGUUGCUCACUCCAUUUUCUGUCGACGUCACCAAAAAAUGGUGACGUCGCCAUCUGACAGGGAGACUCACCCAGGUACUCCUUUGAUCAGGGUCUAGUGACCCGGCGCCGUCCUUUCUGGAGAGGGGGAAAAGUAGCCUUCCGGAGUCUUCUUCAGGUCCCCAAGCUCCACUACAAGCUUCCUCACUUCCUUCUAGUCCUGAAGUGUGACUCCUGAUUCUGCGGCUCUGGUCUUCUCGUCUUUGUGAAAGGCAAAAAACCUUGUCGUGGUGUCCCGACCAAGGUAAAAAACCCACCCUGGACGCAAUAUCCAGGCCCCGUUUACUUCUUAACCCCGUAGUCCCUGAGGGUACAGGAGAAGGACGGGUCGGAUGGCUCGCCAUUUUAAUUGUGUAAAGGAAUCUGAAGAAGAUGUGCAUUUAAUCAUGAGGCAAAACCCUUCAAACUUAAAAUCUUAUGUUAUUAUUGGAAGAUCUGCUUAUUGGAACAACCCAAACUCUAUUACUUUGGGAGAAGUAAAAUUACCUGGAAUAAUUGAUAAAAUCUGUUUAUUGGCUUUCCAAAAUCCCUCUAAUAAAGAAUAUAUCCCAGACCCGGUUCACAUAGACGGCUUAAAAGCUGUUCUUGAAGUUGAAAGCAAUUAUCUUCGUUUUUUCACUAUAAAUCGAAGAGAAAACGAAAAAAUUGACUGUUUAAGUAUGCAUAAUGUCCCUCAAGGCUUUAUUGCAAUAAUUAAAACUAAAUUGCUGGAUAAUGAUCCUAUAUCAAGACUCCAUGAGAUUUAUAGAACUUUAAAUGAUUAUGAAAACUGCAAGGAUAUCCUUGAAGACUUAUCAUUGGAAGAUGUAAAUCAUUUAUUAUGGCGAUGCAACUCAGAAGAGCUCGCAAUUUCCCAUCAUCAGCGCCAAGUGUAUACUGUUGCAAAGUAUAAGCCUUUAAACUUUGCUGGAAUUGGAGGAAUUGUAGGCGAAUUGAUGAAUGUAAGAGAGCUUGAUAAUUUGGUAUAUGACAACAUACGAAGUGGUGAUUGACUUAUUGACUAUUUUAUUACAAGAACAAAAAGCUAUCCACUUCCAGAAAAACUCGCAAACUUUCUGUGUGGAGGCUAUGACUAUAUUAAAAAGCUUCCACACUCAAUAAAGCCUCAGCAUUUGAUGAAAUUCUCAAAGCUUCUAUUUAGAAACGUGAAACUUCAUACUUUGAAAUCAAUUUUAAAUAGAAGCCCUCUAAGCUUUGAAAAGGAUAGUUUGCUUGAAAAACUCUGCCUAUCAAUUUCUCAGUUCUGGGGAUCAAUUUCAAAUGACCCUCAUAAAUGUACUUUGGCUGCAGGUCUCCCGUUUUUAGCUUCAGAAGACAACAGAAUCUUCGGAAGAGACACUUUAAUCGCCCUAAAAGGACUAUUUUUAUGCACAUCCAUGUAUAAGCAAGCAAAAGACAUUCUGCUUUAUUUUGCAUCUCUAGUGAAGAAUGGGCUGAUUCCAAACAUUGCUAAUCAGUCAAGAACGAGAUAUAACUCAAGAGACACAACUUGACUAUUUUUGCAAAGAAUUAUUGAUUAUAUAAGCAUCGUUCCUGAUGGAAAAACAAUUCUUAAUGAAGAAGUCCAAUUAAAAUAUCCUUCAGCAAGCCAAACCCAAAAAAUCCAAGAAAUCAUCCAAUACAUUUUACAAGCCCACGCAUCUGGCAUGUUUUUCAUAGAAGAAGGGGCAGGACCUGAGCUUGAUAGCCGAAUGAAAGAUGAAGGGUUUAACAUUGAAAUUAAUUUAGACCCAAAUACAGGCUUUAUCUAUGGAGGAAAUCGAUGGAACUGUGGAACUUGGAUGGACAUUUUAGGGUCUUCAGAUAAAGCUGAUAAUCGAUUUACCCCUGCUUCUCCUCGUGAUGGAGCUCCUAUUGAAUUGACUGCUCUUCUUUAUUCAGUCAUUUCCUCACUGCUAAAAUUAAAUGAGCAGGGGAUUUACCCGUACUCUGAAGUAAAGCUUUCUAAAGGAAAAUCCUUAACUUUUGCAAUAUGGAAGAGAAAUAUUGAAUAUUCCUUUGAAAACUUUUAUUACUCAAAUGGCUUCUAUAAGGACACUGUAAAAAGCCAAGUCCCUGAGCUUGAGACUCAAAUUCGACCAAAUGUGUGCAUUGCGAUGGCUUUUGCUCCAGAGCUAUUUAAUAAAGAUCAUGCUAUUGAAGCUUUGGGCCAAAUUGAAACAGAUUUACUACCUCUGCUAGGGAAAGGACAGCUUGGAAUUAAGACUCUUAAUGAAAGCGACCCGAGAUAUGCGCAUUUUGUCGAUUUUCAUAAUGAUUCAAAUGAAUUUAACAUUGCCCAUGGAUUUAGUCUGCAUAAUGGGCCAGAGUGGUUGUGGCCAUUUGGGUAUUACUUGAUAGCAGCUAAAACAUUCAACUGCAAAACCCCACUAGAAAUAAUACAAAGCUUAAAAGACCAUAGAGAUUAUAUAGAAAAAUCCACAUGGAUGUCACUGCCAGCUUUUACAAAUGAUAGAGGGCAUCAUUGUGCGUUUUCAUGUGACGCCCAAGCUUCAAGUGUAGGGACUCUACUUGAAGUUUUCUAUGAAAUCAGAGAGCAGACUAAUUAG